AUGACAUCUCCCUCUGUCGACAAAACCUCCUUGGACCUUAAGGCGAGUGCUUUUGCGCCGGCAGACGCAAUGGCUGUAGAUACUGAGGCAAACGGCGUCCAUGAUAUGCUCUUUGACGACCCAGAACCUAAACCAACUCUCGACGAAACCGUACAAUCAAAACCAACUACCAACGGCAAUCACGUCGACAUGGACACAUCAGCGCCUGCAGUUGAGCCUGCCGUUGAGCCCACUACCAACGUCUCUGCUGGAAUCGACGGUGUCGCACAGUUUCUGCCUGAGAACCAGCAAGAUAACAACUCCUUGUUUGGGGAUGAAGACAUUGUUGCCACGGUCACUAAUGCCGUAGAGGCGCCGACUUCAGAUGUGCGUGACGAACCCGCGACUGCCGAAGAGCUCUCUACAGCGACCCAGGCAACAGCCACUAGCACUCAGGAAGUACCCGAGACCCAGAUUGUCGCCAAGGAGGAAGCGCUGGCUGAAGACAGCAUGGACACCACUGUUGAUGCGCCUGUCGAGUCGAAACCUGCAGAGUCCUCCGGAGCGCCUACGAAGCCUAUGAACGAUCUUACGAUAAUGACGGAUAGCGACGCGGUUACCGCGCCCCCGUCCGUUGCCGCUCAAUCGCCAGCAAUCGUAGAUCGCGAGAUGGAAGAUGCUCCCUCCUCGGGCAAAGUCCGCCCACGCGAGGAUGACGAUGACGACAUUCCAGAUGCGAAGCGCACGAAGACGGAAGAAGAGACAAGCGCUCAGGCCGAUUUCAAGCUCCCCGAGCUGCCGAAUCAGACCGAGCUGCCCAGCACGAAUGGAGGUACUCCGGGACCGGCUUCCGACUCUGCGCACGAGGCAUCAGGUGUUCACAAGGCUGUUGAUUGGGAAGAAUGGCCCACCACUCCGAUGACGGACGCACAGAACAAGUUUCUUCUUGAGCGGAUAAGGAACACGAAGAAGAUUAAGGUUUCAUUAGCGUUCAAGGAUCCUGUUGACCCCAUAGCCCUCAACAUCCCUAAUUACCACGACAUCGUCAAAACUCCCAUGGACUUGUCGACCAUGGAGCACAAGUUGAAGGACAAAAAGUACACAUACGUAAGGGAUUUCAUGGCAGAUCUCGAUCAAAUGAUUACCAACAGCGAGCUAUUCAACAACAAGCAACACCCUGUAACUCAGGCAGGAUACAACCUUCGCGCUUACUUCUUGAAAGGCAUGGGUAAGAUGCCUCGAGGUGCUGCUGCUGAAGAGCCACCGAAGCCAGCCAAGGUGAAGAAGCCAUCGGUCAACACUUCGUCAAAGGCUCGACGUGAGUCUCGUGUUGCACCGCCUAAUGUCAAGUCUCCCGCCGUCGCGACUCCUGCAGCAACCUCACCUCAGGCUGCUUGGCCUCUGCAGCAAGACGGCACGCCACUGAUUCGACGUGAUUCGUCUACUACAGACGGUCGGCCAAAGCGCGAGAUUCACAGGCCAUCGAAAGAUUUGCCCUACACCAACGCAAAGCCGAGAAGGAAGAAAUUCGCACAAGAACUCAAGUUCUGCGAGUCUGUUCUUACCGAGCUGAUGAAGCCAAAGUACAGUGCAGUUACUUACCCGUUCAUUGCACCAGUAGACCCCGUGGCACUCAACAUUCCGUCCUAUCUCAAGAUCAUCAAGAAGCCGAUGGACUUUGGAACGAUCGAGAAGAACUUGAAGAAUGGUGUCUACCAGAGUGCCAAGGACUUCUACGCGGAUGCGCAACUUGUGUUCCACAAUUGCUACAAGUUCAACCCUGAAGGUGAUGCUGUCAACCAGAUGGGACACAAGAUGGAGGACCUUUUUGAGAGCCUGUGGAAGGAGAAGGCGGACUGGCUUGCCCAGCAUGCGCCUGCUCCCGAACACUCACCAAGCGACCUCUACUCCGAUGAGGACGAUGAGGAAGACGAAGAGGAGGAGGAGAUAGACCCUGCUCAGGCGCAGUUCCUUGCAAUCCAGCAACAGAUUGCACAACUGAACGCCACAGCGCAACAACUUCUUCAACAGCAAACAGGUAGCAAGCGUGCCUCGCCCAAGUUGCCUGGUAAGAAGAAGAAGGCUGUAGCGCCACCGACGAAGAGGAAGAGUCUUCCUCUCGCGGUACCGCCUCCUGCUAAGCCUAUCAAGACUGCACCGGUCAAGAAGGUGAAGGCUCCAGCGCCUCUGAGUUUCGCCCAGAAACAGGAGAUCUCCGAGGGUAUCAGCACGCUCGGCGAUCUAGAUAUGCGCAAGGCAGUCCAGAUUAUAAGAAACGGCUGCCCGCACCUCGCUACCGUGAACGAUGAUGAGAUGGAGCUCGAUAUGGACGAGAUCAACGAUGAUACGCUCCGAGAGUUGUUGAGGUUCAUCAAGUCUCUCCGUGGUCCUAAGGGAGGCGCCGUAGCCGAUGAUGACUUUGAACCGCCUAGGCAGGUGUCGAAGCAGGCGGCGGCCCGACCGAAGAAGAAUAAGCCCAUGGGUAAAAGCGAGCAGGAAGACAACAUGCGCAAGAUUCAGGAGAAGCUGCAGUCGUUCCAAGGUGGUGCAUCGGGAUCCAGCCAGUCUCCACCUGUGCAUGAUGCAUCAAGCGACGACGACGAGUCAAGUGGCUCCGAGAGCGAGGAAGAGUAA